GUGCACCAAAUUCGUUCAAGGGAUCUCGAGUGACUGCUCAUUUCUUCGAAGGAGAGAAUGGUGGCAAAAAGUGCGACCCUUCUUUUGAUUUUAUCUCUGGACUCUCUUACCUCACCACAGCGGCCCGAUGCGCUUCCCUAUCGACCAUCGGCUACCCAGUAAUCCAGUUGUCGCCAUGGUCAUUGCAAAGCAAAGAAGACCUCUCGAGAAGGCAGUUCAAGACCAGAAUGGCGGUGAUUACGACCAUUACGAAGACAGCAAUAGCGGAGAAAAUACUGAGGGAAAUGGUCAGUCGGCACAACCUAAACUGAAGCGUCCUCAAAGCGGCAGCGGUGGUGAUUAUGAUAAAAUUCCAGAUGAUGCAACAGGUGCCGGCUCGAAGUCCUUGUACUCGGGCACCAUCUUCGGCUUGCCGGAUGGCCCGGAGCUGGCCUGCCAACCUGAACUUUUGAGAGCCGCUUCCGAGCGGCGGCGACAGCGACGGAGAAAGUCCCCGGUGGCGCCCGCAGCCGGGGCGGCGUCGGGAAGAAGUGGGCUCGAGACUUCCUGUACUCUGGCAACGGUCGCGAUUAUGGACGCGUCGCGAACGGCGGUGGUUUCAGCACUGGUGUGGCCGGCACAUUCCCAGAGCAUGUGCCACAGCGUUGAUCUCUUUGAUCUCUGUCCGCAAGCUUUACAAGAAUCUGUUUGAUAUAAACCUGGUUAUCAGUGAUGUAAGACGGUGGGGUUAGGGUAGGUGUGUGCCUGGAGCAAGCGUAAAGUUACGGCCUCAUUCCUGUUUAAUUUAUCAUGCGGUGGCGGGAUUGUGCGUCUUUCGAGUCUGUAGUGUUGGGUGAGGUCUCUGAACGUGGUUAGGAGAUUGCCCCACACCCACUUUGAUUCUUGUUACUGCAUGUCUGUCGUAGUGUCCCGAUCCGGCACGUCCGAUGCUCCACUCUCGAUGGAGGAGGCGGCGGGCACAUAAUUUGUGGCGGUUCGUCCUGUGAGACCUCGAACCGUGGCGUUGGUUGCCUCGUUACUCGCGAGCGAGACUUUGGUGUGUGCCGGGGUCUAGAGGAGGAAAACCGUAGAAUUUUGGGGUCGUGAGGGCGAUGACGAGUGGCCGUCGUCACAAAUUGAGAGUAUGCGGGUGGCUUCCCGCUAGACGCUAACGCGCGCGAAGCCGUGGAUUGCCGCCUGCGAGUCGCUGACCACGAUCGCAGCGUUUGGCACCGCCACUAAUUUUCAGUUACCUGUGGCUAACAACAAAUACAUAAUAGAAUUUUCAACGAGAAAUUUCUAUAUUAAGAGCACUUAACCAAAAAGUAAGUCGACAUGCACCAAUGUAGAAAAUCGGCCUUUAGCUUCGGGCGCACUUAUAUUUCAUUAAGCGUUCAUAUGAUUCUCAAUACGAGUGUGAAUUAGCGUGAUAAUUUUUAUUCGAUCACGACCAUUGCGCGUACUGGAACUCAUGCACCUAUGGUAAUGGAGACCAUUUAUUCUCACUAAAAACGAUUACACUACCUCGUGAAAAUCUCAUUUGUAACUUCUUGAAAUUAAUUGUCUGCCAUGAUAUCCUCGAGAAUUGUUGCCUCCACUGCCACAUUUCAGAUGCUGGAACCGACAACAGAGUAGCAUCAGAGAAAUCUAUUAUGUUCACGAUUGUGGUAUCGGCUGUUAAAAUGUGCUGCUAGUUACCACAGUAAUAAUGGUGAGAGUGACGAAUCUCUGAAAAGCUCCAGUUUAAAAAAACAAUUCUUAAGACCGUCUUUUCACUAUGCUAGCGCUUCUUUCCAGACGAUGUUUAUCCAUAACUCGAGACUCAUAUCCGAGUCGGAAUGUGCGCAAGCAAGCCCGCUUACUUGGCAUUACCCUAAAGACCAUAAUCAUUGCUAUGGAUGCUUAUGAGACGUUUCAGUUAGGUAUUCAACACCUCCCAUCAAGGUUCAGAUUGUUGUAGUUUGCGUGCAAUAGACGUUCAGUGUACUGUAAAAAUACUGUUAUUUUACCUUCGAAAGAUGUUUUCUGCAUGUCUCUGUUGGAUCCUUGUUACAAUGUAACAAAUGUGAUGCAGAAUAAAAAAAACGAAGCUAGCAAGAUCUGUGGCACUCUGAAGGCACGCCGCGCGAUGGUACCUGUGCGACCCUCGUGCUCCGUCGUUGCGCAUACACCGACACAUUGUGUACGUUGGUCACCUCACGCAUAGUGACCUCACCACCUCACCAUAGUCACUAUAUAUAUAUAAUCUGAUGCUGCCCAGAUGAUCGUAGCACGGCCAAAACGUACGCAAAUAGUCGUGUCUUUUUGUGUGCUCCUUUUCAAACUACACGCAUACCGAAACAUCAAAGCAUCAAACUUGCCGAGGGCAUAUUCCAUACUUUAGGCGGUAUUUUGGAAAGCGAGGUUCUUUUGUUUUCAUUUUUGGGCUAAGCGCCAGCCUUCUCCUGACCUACGCGUCCUUUUUAACAUCUGAAUUUACUUCAUUCUCAGACCACUUAACAAAGUAAUUAGAAGAACUCCAUGGAAAAUUACAUAAGAGCCCUUAGUUUGAACGCUCAUAUGCUUUGUGUGCCCCUGUUUUUUUCUGCUAAUCUUCCAUUCGUUAGCUUUUGAAAUAAUCACACGAAAUCUUUCGCUGCCUAGUAAAUGCUCAUUGCCAUAGGGGAAGGAAAGAAAUUAAUUAGGCGAGGUAGUAUAGGCACUCUGAAAUGAUACUAUUGUUCGAAAAUAUUCAUAGAAUGUAGAAGUGUUUGGCAGUUUGUGCGUUUUU